AAGUGAGUGACAAUUGGUUUGAAAAUAUGGAUAAUGGAGAAAUAACCGGAUUAAUUUCAGUUGAUAUUAGGAAAGCCUUUGACUCUAUUGAUCAUAAAAUCCUAUUAAGGAAGAUGCAAGACCAGUUUGGUGUUCAAGAUUUUGAGCUAAAAUGGUUCCAAUCCUAUUUGACGAAACGAAGCCAAGUUUGUGUUGUCGAUGGCCACACAUCGUUGGCUAAGGAAAUUGUAUGCGGAGUUCCACAGGGAUCUUCUUGGAACCCCUCACGUUUUUACUAUAUAUAA